UACUUUUUUCAAGUUACUAACUAAUGUCUUUUUAUUUCAAGCAGGACUAUAAUAUGGAUUUCGAGGUCAGGGAUUAUUAUAACAGGACACUUGCCACAGAGAACAAUACCGCCGUCACCCGGAAUUCUGCUUUUCCAGUCUGGGAAGACUAUAAAAGCAGUGUCGAUGACUUACAGUAUUUUCUGAUUGGGCUUUACACAUUUGUAAGUCUUCUUGGCUUCACGGGGAAUCUGCUGAUUUUAACGGCUCUCACGAGAAAGUGCAAUCAGAAGACUGUAGUAAACUUCCUGAUAGGAAAUUUGGCCUUCUCUGACAUCCUGGUUGUGCUGUUCUGCUCACCUUUCACACUGACAUCUGUCCUGCUGGAUCAGUGGGUGUUUGGCAAAGUCAUGUGCCAUACGAUGCCUUUCCUUCAGUGCGUGUCAGUUCUGGUUUCCACUUUAAUUUUAAUAUCAAUUGCUGUCGUCAGGUAUCAUAUGAUAAAGCACCCCCUUUCUAAUAGUUUAACAGCAAACCAUGGCUACUUCUUGGUGGCUACCGUCUGGACGCUAGGUUUUGCCAUUUGCUCUCCCCUGCCAGCGUUCCACAGUCUCGUGGAGCUUCAGGAGACGUUCGGCUCCAGGUCGCUGAGCAGCAGGUAUUUAUGUGUUGAGUCGUGGCCGUCUGAUUCAUACAGAAUUGCUUUCACCAUCUCUUUAUUGCUAGUUCAGUAUAUUCUGCCCUUAGUUUGUUUAACUGUCAGUCAUACCAGCGUCUGCAGGAGUAUAAGCUGGGGGGUGUCCAGUAAAGAAAACAGACUAGAAGAAAACGAGAUGAUCAACUUAACUCUUCAUCCAGCCAAAAAGAGUGGGCCUCCGGUGAAACGCUCCGGCAGCCGUAAAUGGGGUGACUCGUUCAUCAGAAAACACAAGAGAAGCUACAGCAAGAAGACAGCGUGCGUGUUACCUGCGCCAGCCAGACCUCCUCCAGCAAACCAUUCGGGAAUGCUUCCAGAAAACCCUGGCUCUCUGAGAAGUCAGCUUUCUUCAUCCAGUAAGUUCAUACCAGGGGUCCCCACCUGCUUUGAAGUGAAACCUGAGGAAAACUCAGAUGUUCAUGAAAUGAGACUAAGCCGUUCUCUCACAAGAAUAAAAAAAAGAUCUCGAAGUGUUUUUUACAGACUGACUAUUUUGAUAUUAGUAUUUGCUGUUAGUUGGAUGCCGCUGCAUCUUUUCCACGUGGUAACUGAUUUUAAUGAUAAUCUUAUUUCAAAUAGGCAUUUCAAGUUGGUGUAUUGCAUUUGUCAUUUGUUAGGAAUGAUGUCCUGUUGUCUUAAUCCGAUUCUGUAUGGAUUUCUUAAUAAUGGAAUCAAAGCUGAUUUGAUGUCCCUUAUACACUGUCUUCGUAUGUCAUAAUUUUCAGUGUUUACC